UGGGUGGGAGGCGCAUCGGAUCCCGCGCAUUGGAAAUGGUAAUUUUUUUUGUAUCUUGUCAAUGAAGGGACGGGGAGGAGCGGCCGGCGGAGCGCAUUCAGGACUUCUUUCAGUCAGACGUUGCGAGCGCUUGCGCUAACACCCUCCGCAUGUUACACGACGUGUCGAACGGUCUUCCGGCGAUCGGAUCACGAACUAUGAGUUACGAAAGUUGUGAUAAUAGAGUGCUUAUAAAGGAGGAAUCGGAAUACAUCGACGAAGACGAGCGGUACUUCAACUACGCACCCGUGGAAAUCAAAAGGGAUGCUGAGAUGCAGAGCUUCGCGCCAUCAUCACCGACACAUCUGAUGGAUCUGAGCAACGGUCCCGACCGACCUCCGCAAGUACAACAGUCUUGGCCGUCGAACGUCAUAUUCGAUGGAGACGAACGAGACUACCAACAGCAUCUUUACCCACCGUACGACCAACUUUACAUGCCAGAUCAACGCCCGAGACAGAUCACAAGGAGUGUCUACUUCGACGAUUCCAGUUCUCAAGACAGAGUUGCAAAUUAUUACGAGAACGGAGUUCCGAAAGCCGGUGAAAACGUUUACAGAGCUUCAACAGAAGAGCGUAGCGAAGAGAGCGAAGACCAGAGAUCAUCGAGGAAACGCUCAUCGAAAUCAUCCCGCAAGAAAGCACAAUCGUUUGAGGAGAUGCAGAUUCAACGAGUGAUGGCUAACGUGCGAGAGAGGCAGAGAACACAGAGUUUAAACGAAGCAUUUGCGAGUUUGCGUCAAAUCAUCCCAUCGUUACCAAGUGAUAAGCUAUCAAAGAUACAAACACUUCAAUUGGCAACGCAGUACAUCGAAUUCUUGUACCAGAUUUUGUCGAACAGCGAGUCCUCGUCAAGUAGCGACGUUAGUAGUGAUUCAGGAAGCAUCGACCACGGGAAGUAUCUCGCUCAGGAUAAGUUAAGUUACGCAUUCUCAGUGUGGCGGAUGGAAGGUGAAUGGAACGGACAAUCGUGAUAGUUAAUUUGUUGAACCAAUCUAAAGACGCUUAUUUUAUUCCAUGAUGUUAUAUACAUAUUGUUUAUUGAUUAUUUGUAAAGAUUCGAAGUUUAAACCGUAGAUAACUAGUUUUAUAAACCUAUUUUAAGACAAUUAAUUAUUAAGAAAAUGUGAUAUUUUAGUAAGGUAAUAUCUAAUGCCAAACUUAUUGUUAAUGUAAUUUUUCAUUCAAUAAAUAAAGAAAUGUUACUAAAAGACAUCGAUUAGGUUAAAGAAAUAUACAGCUGUAUACCAAAAAUAAUGUAGUUGAUUUAACAGAAUUCCAAUUUUGUAAAUUUUUGUAUGUUAAUAAUAAUUAAAUCAUGAUUUAUAAAUAAAUACAUGUACUUUUAGAAUAAAACUGACGGCAUUUCAUUUCUUACUCAUUACUUACUUAAAAAAACUUAUAAUAUAGAUAGAUCUGGUAGAUUUAAUUAGUUAAUGAGUUAACUAGUAUUGACAACAUUGUUUUUCCUAUUCAAAUAAUAAUUAUUAUUGUCUUAAUUUAAAAAGACGUUCCUGUUUAGAACAUUAAUGCUUUUGUUUCUUUGUAAAAGGAAUUAACUACCUAUAAUUUACAAUUGGCAAUUACUAAAGACGCAACGAUAAUAACUUUUAAUCCUCUUAAGAAUAAUGCGUAGGCCUUUGUUUUACUAAUUAUGGGUAUAAAUAAUAUUUACAUGAAAACAAUAGGGUAAAUUACCAAUUUCUAUAUUCAUUCAAAUAAGUACAGUAGCAAACUUGGAUACAAUAUUCUAGAUUUGUUUGUGCCACAUUAUCAACGGAUAGAUAGACAGAUAGUAGGCAUAUUAAAUUAUUCAUAUUUAAUAUUACUUAUACAUCUGUUAGUUUGUUGACUAAAAUUUUCUUUAGAUCUACCAGACAUAUUUAAAAAAAAAUACACCCAAAACCCCGCGUAUUUUGUUCUCGUGGGAAUACGCGGAUGAAAAUAUAGCCCAUGUUGCUCCCUGAUAAUGUGAUUUUCCAUUAUCAAGGGUUAAUUUUCCAUUUGUGAAAGGAUUUUUCAAAUCGGUCCAGAAGUUUUAUAAGCCUAUUCAAUGCAAACAAUUAAAUGUUUCUUUUUCAUAAUAUUAGUAUAAAUAGGCAGAUUCAUGAGGAAUAGUAGGUAUAGGCUAUAUAGCAUUAGGCCACACUCUUCCCAUAUAUAUAGGAACUAUAACUAAGAAACGUUUUAAAAAAAAUUACAAACUUUGAUAGAUUUAAAACUGAUUUAUUGUCUAUGAUAUACACUCGGACCGUUGUUACAGAUGAUAUAGUAUAAUAGUAGGUAAAAUACAAUAAAACUUACAUUGUAAUAGUACCUAUCUAUAACAUAAUAUUUUGUCUGGAAGCUCAUAAUGUAGAUACCUACCAAAUAAAUACAAAUAUGUAUUAAAA